AUGCUUGUGAUGUUUCUUGCACCGCAUGAGUACUUUCUGAUGAGCCCCACCUUUGUUCAUCCAAAUGGGACAGCUGGCAGAAUGGUAUGCAAAUUUCUCACAGACGGCCAGCUCGGCUGGGUUGGUGCUGCCUCUUCAGUAUUUCCGUUGGUCACAAUCGUUGACGAGCGACACUAUACAGUUAUGUAUCCCCCCCGUAACGAAGGUGUGUACUUAUAGGUAGCGAAAGGCUGAGUACUUUUGUCGAUCACCUCACAUUUGCUCAGUCUUUGCUUAACGCAUGUUAAGAGCGCGUAUUUUUACCGGGUAUUCUAGUGUGUCUUUGUUCCCCGUUGCACUGCUUGCCUAUUUUACCUAGUAUGCUGUUACUACCUAGCUUUUUACUUUUGUCGAAAGAGUUUUUAGCGGAAGGACGACAGUUAGCAAUCCAAUCGUCUGCUCUUUUUUUAACCUCUUGCUGGACCAGCUUACUCCUCCCCUCUCCCUCUUUUUUGUGUCUGUUUGUUUGUUUGUUUUUUAUGUUUUGUUUAUUGUUUUCAUGCCUUAACAUUGUGACAUUAAUAUGUUAUGUCAUCACUCAGCGAUGACCUCUCUCCAAAGGGAAGUUUGAUCUACCCCAAGUCUCAUGAUUCUGGAGAUUGAAUUAUGUAUUAUUCUACACUUUGUGCAUUACAGGUAAUAAUUCCCAGUUAUUGGGUGGUUGCACUGAUCAUAAACAUACCAUGUGUAAUGAUUACGGAAGUUCAUGGUACAACAGGAGAAUGCCGGGAAUUAUGGUCUAAGGAAUGGGGAAGACUAAAAGCCUAUCGUGGCUUUUACUCGUCACUUGCGUUCCUUUAA